AUGGCCAUCUUCUCCUUCCUCCCCCCGGUCCCACCAUUCCUUUUCUCGGCUCUGGUCGUCAGCAGUCUCGCCUCGAAAGCUUUACACAUCGGCCUUCAUUUCCAUUCGCUACCAUUCCUCUACCUCGUGCUAUAUUCACCGACACUCAUUUUACCGGAACUGCUCAUCAUCAGCUUUGUGCGACUAUUGUUACAAUAUCCCGCCCCAGAGUCGCGGCUACAAUGGAUGUCAACAUGUCUGGGUGGAUUCCUCUCCUUAAUCACCUGGGGAGCCUCCUCCAUCCAAUUUGGAUUCUUCAUGCAGACUGGCGCGGAAGUCGCUUGGGCCGCCAGCAAUAGUUUCCUUAGCGAUCCCGCCGCGAUGAAGAUCUUGUUAAGCGGCAUCUCCACUGUCUCCGCCGCAGCUACUGUCUUGGGCCUCGUGGCGUGGUUGAUUCAUGCCCACCUUUACAACCUGACCGGCAUGGUACUACAAGGAUUUCGGGAUCUGAUGAUCGGAGCAUUUAGAUCACGACGCAAUAUACGCAACAUACGCAAUAUACUUUCGGUCCCCAGCAAAUCAUGGAUGGCUUCCGUGGACCUUCGAUCUGCUCGACGUACAGCGCUGUUAGUCUCCGCUUUGAUCUCUCUGCUCUUCUUGGAGCUCUCAAGACCUCCGAUUCCCUACGAUCAUCUCUCUGGCGCGUUGCCUCUUACCUUACUCGAUGCAUUCACCAAAAAGAGCAGCACGCUGGAAGGCUGCCGCAAUCCUGCCAAGCCCUUCCCUCUUUGGCCCGUGGAAAAGACCUCUCUUGUGGAUCGAUGGUCACGAGCUUCAUGGUUGCCUCAAGAUCCACCCCCAGGUUUUAGCCGAUGGGAUAUGAAUCCUAAGCAGCGGGCAGAGAAGGAUAACCCCUCUUAUUAUCUUUGCGGGGGCGACGAAAAUGCGUUCUUCGACCCCGAAGCGGAUCCUCUGAAGAUUUCCAACCUAGAUGGUGACAUUUAUGAGCCCUUGCAGAAAGCCUUCCAGGAACACUCAGUGGAAAUCAAUAACAUUGUCCUGUUAACCCUCGAAAGUGGGCGGAAAGAGAUGUUUCCCAUGCAGCAAGGCACACCCAUGUUCGAUGCCCUCAUCGCUUCUCACAAGGAGAAGAACAAAGAGGCCGCGAUUGACCUUUUAGUGAAUAUGACCCCGAUUGCACAAAUGUUGACUGGCGAGUAUGCGACGGACAGCAAGGGCCAGAAGGUGGAUCUGAGUGAGGCAAACUGGCAAGAUCCGGCAGAGGAGGGUAUGGGAGGACUCAAUAUUCGUGGAGCACUCACAGGUAGUUCUUUGACAUUCAAGAGUAUUCUGGGUAGUCACUGUGGUGUUCAUCCUUUACCAGUCGACCUCCUAGAGGAAUCCAUGCUUGAAAUCUACCAGCCCUGCUUACCGCAACUGCUGGAAUUGUUCAAUCAGAAGAAGUUGCCAAAGACUGUCGAAGCCCGGGUCAACAGCUCUCAUACGUCCGAGGCAUUACAAAACCAGUGGAAGUCCGUCUUCAUGCAGUCCAUCACAGAUGACUAUGAUCGUCAAGAUAUUCUGGAUGAAAACAUGGGGUUCAAGCAUAAGGUUGUGAAGAAGACCAUGAACUCCUUCAAGUCCAAAUACAAACCCAAGGGCGAGGAGAUCAACUACUUUGGGUACGCCGAGACUGAAUUGAAGCCAUACGUCCGAGAUUUGUUCUACGAGGCUGCGAAUAACAAGACCCGUGUCUUCCUCUCGCACGUUACCAGCACAACACACCACCCUUGGGGAACCCCGAAAUACUUCGACAAGGAGGAAUAUAUGGGCUCUGAGGGCUCUGCCAACCACGACUUAAUGAACAACUACUUGAACGCCGCUCGAUUCGUUGACAACUGGCUUGGAGAUAUCAUGAACCUUCUAGACGAGACCGGUAUCGCCAACUCAACCCUGGUCGUCAUCGUAGGUGAUCACGGACAAGCCUUCGGAGAAGACAACAAAGAUAUGACCGGCACCUACGAGAAUGGGCAUAUCAGCAACUUCCGCGUCCCCCUCGUCUUUCGCCACCCACACAUGCCCCGCAUCGAUAUCACAGCUAACGCAACCGCCCUCGCCAUCAUCCCCACCAUUCUGGACAUGCUCGUUCAGUCCCAGUCUAUCGACAAAAGUGACUCCGAAAUCGCUUCCGCCCUGCUCCCUGAAUACCAGGGUCAAUCUCUCAUUCGCCCCUUCAUCCCCUUCAUCGAAGACAAACCGCUUCCCGACCAUGACAGCCAAAUUCAGAAUGCGGAAGAAAUCGAGGGACGCGCCCCACACAAGAAUCACGAGCGCCCGCACACUCGAUACGUCUGGAACUUCGGCCUUAUCAACGCCGGUGGAUCCAUGAUCUCCGUCACGGCUGCGGGCAAGCCCUACCGACUUGUUCUUCCGCUUCGCGAAGGGUUUGAGUAUGUCUUUACUCACCUGGACAAGGAUCCUGGUGAGUUGCGACCUCUAACGUCAUGGACCCUGUCUGAACUUGUCCACGAAGUUCUUUCCAAGUACGACGAGGACGCAGCGGAGUGGCUUGAAGAAGCUGAGAAGGUUGGGAAAUGGUGGACGAACGAGCAAAGGCGGAUAUGGGGGUACAGGGAAGCUUAA